AUGUCAUUCCUUACAGGUGCUAUCCGUACAGCCGCAGCUGGUACAAGCGUUAGAGCUUCGAUGUUGGGUCGUUAUUCUGCUCCCGUUGCAUUGCGUCAAGUCCGCGGAUAUGCUUCUCAUCACGAAGAUGAAUCUUUUGAAGCAUUCACAUCUCGUUACACUUCAUUUUUUGAUGCAGUUGAUGAUUUGUUCGAAUUACAACGUGGAUUGAACAAUUGUUUCUCAUACGAUUUGGUUCCUGCACCGGAAGUUGUUGAAGCCGCUUUGCGUGCAAGUCGUCGUGUGAAUGAUUAUUCGACCGCCGUUCGUGUUUUCGAAGGUAUUAAGGAAAAGGUCGAAAAUCAAGGUCAAUACGAAAAAUACCUUGAUGCAUUGAAACCCAUUAGAGAAGAACUUGGCAUCAACCUCAAGGAAGAACUAUACAGCGCCUAA